AUGAAGACUUCUUUCCUCGCUAUGCUCAUGGCGGCAUGGGCCGCCGUCGCCGCACCAAACGACAAGCGCAGCAGUUCUCUAGCAGCUCGGGACAAGUCAGUUGCCGAAGCCCUCAAGGCCUGGAACCCACCGUCGAGUGACCAUCAGCGGCUAGUCGACAUCACGGACGACAACAAAUCCGACAGCGACGUCAAGGCUCUUGACAAAGGGCUGGUAGAACGAAGCCUUGCCCGAACGAGGCGAACUCACGACGUGUGCGAUGCCGGCAGAUACUACUGCGACACUGUCGAGGAUUGCUACAAGAAAAACAAGGAGCACGAUUGUGAGUACACAGCCUGCGGCAAUAAGAGUUGGUUAGGCGGUGAUUGGCGCGUACAGAGAUGUAUGUAG